AUGGCCCUGGAGCAGACGCUUCAGGCGGCGCGCCAGGGCGACCUGGACGUGCUGAGGUCCCUGCACGCCGCCCGCCUGCUGGGGCCCUCGCUGCGCGACCCGCUGGACGCGCUGCCAGUGCACCACGCGGCCCGCGCCGGCAAGCUGCACUGUCUGCGCUUCCUGGUGGAGGAGGCAGGUCUGCCCGCCGCGGCGAGCGCGCGCAACGGCGCCACGCCGGCCCACGACGCCGCCGCCACCGGCCACCUCUGCUGCCUGAAGUGGCUGCUCUCUCAGGGCGGCUGUGGAGUGCAGGACAGAGACAAUUCUGGUGCCACAGUCCUGCAUCUGGCUGCCCGCUUCGGCCACCCUGAGGUGGUGAACUGGCUGCUGCGUCACGGCGGUGGGGACCCCACCGUGGCCACAGACACAGGCGCCCUGCCUGUUCACUACGCUGCCGCCAAAGGAGACUUCCCCUCCCUGAGGCUUCUCGUCAGCCACCACCCUGAGGGAGUGAAUACCCAAACCAAGAAUGGUGCCACGCCCCUGUACCUGGCGUGCCAGGAGGGCCACCUGGAGGUGACGCAGUACCUGGUGCAGGAGUGCGGCGCGGACCCGCACCUGAGCGCCCACGACGGCAUGACCCCGCUGCACGCCGCGGCGCAGAUGGGCCACAGCCCGGUCAUCGUGUGGCUGGUGAGCUGCACCGACGUGAGCCUGUCGGAGCAGGACAAGGACGGCGCCACGGCCAUGCAUUUCGCGGCGAGCCGCGGUCACGCCAAAGUGCUCAGCUGGCUCCUGCUGCACGGCGGCGAGAUCUCGGCCGACCUGUGGGGCGGGACCCCGCUGCAUGACGCCGCCGAGAACGGGGAGCUGGAGUGCUGCCAGAUCCUGGUAGUGAACGGCGCGGAGCUGGACGUCCGCGACCGCGACGGGUACACGGCCGCCGACCUCGCGGACUACAACGGCCACAGCCACUGCACCCGCUACCUGCGCACUGUGGAGAACCUGAGCGUGGAGCACCGCGUGCUGUCACGGGAUCCGUCCGCUGACCUGGAGACCAAGCAGCCUGACUCGGGCAUGUCCUCACCCAACACCACCAUGUCGGUCCAGCCACCGAACUUUGACCUCAGCUCGCCCACCAGCACCCUCUCCAACUACGACUCCUGCUCCUCCAGCCACUCCAGCAUCAAGGGCCGGCGCCCCCCGCAUGGGCUUCCCAGCACGAGAGCUGCAGACAUACAGAGCUACAUGGACAUGCUGAGCCCAGAGCCGGGCCUGCCCCGGAGCAGGAUGGAGAGACCCAAAGCGCCACCUCCACCACCCAGCUUCCCUCCACCGCCCUCACCCCCGGGCACCCAGCUGCCCCCACCCCCGCCAGGCUACCCAGCUCCCAAGCCCCCCGCGGGGCUACAAGCAGCUGACAUCUACACGCAGACGAAGAACAAACUCCGCCAUGUGGAGACCGAGGCCUUCAAGAAGGAGCUGCGCUCCCGCGACGGCCGCAACGGGCUGCGGAGACAGGACUCCAGCCGCAAGCCCCGCGCCUUCAGCAAGCAGCCCAGCACGGGGGACUACUACCGCCAGCUGGGCCGCCACCCCGGGGAGCCGCCGGCCGCGCGCCCGGGCAUGGCGCACAGCGAGGAGGCGGCGCUGCUCCCCGGGAGCCACGUGCACAACGGCUGCGGCGCGGACCCCAAGACGUCCAGGGAGCUGCCCCCGCCGCCGCCGCCGCCGCCGCCCCUGCCCGAGGCCCUGAGCUCGCCGCCGCCCGCUCCUCCUCUGCCCUUCGAGGGCUCUGGCCCUGGCUGCGGGCAGCGUCGCUCCUCCUCGUCCACUGGCAAAGUGAGAGUGCUGAGACACAGGAAGAGCACCAAGUCUUUCAACAUGAUGUCCCCGACGGGCGACAACUCAGAGCUACUGGCUGAGAUCAAGGCGGGCAAGAGUCUGAAGCCGACGCCGCAGAGCAAGGGGCUGACCACGGUGUUCUCGGGCAGUGGGCAGCCGGCCUCCCAGCCCGACUCGCCGCUGCCGCCGGCCUCGCCGGCACCGUCACGGGCCCGGAGCCCCACCCCGCCGGCCGCGGGGUCCCAGCCACUGCUCAACGGCAGCGUGGCGCCGGCGCCGCCUGCCACCCCUGCGCCGGGCGUGCCGCUCGACGUGGAGGCGCUCGUCCCCACGCACGACGAGCAGGGCCGGCCCAUCCCCGAGUGGAAGCGCCAGGUGAUGGUGCGCAAGCUGCAGCUGAAGAUGCAGGAGGAGGAGGAGCAGAGGCGGAAGGAGAAGGAGGAGGAGGCCUGGCUGGCCAGCAUGCCCGCCUGGAGGCGGGACAUCCUGCGGAAGAAGCUAGAAGAGGAGAGGGAGCAGAAGCGGAAAGACGAGGAGCGACAGAAACAGGAGGAGAUGCAGCGGGAGAAAGAGCAGUCGGAGAAGCUGCGGACGCUCGGCUACGACGAGAGCAAGCUGGCGCCCUGGCAGCGACAGAUCAUCCUGAAGAAGGGGGACAUCGCGAAGUACUAG